CAGUGAUGCCCUCACCGGCAAAGCAGAAGGCUAAAAUGGAUGACAUUGUGGUGGUGGCCCAGGGGACACAGUCAUUGCGCAACAUCCACAAUGACCCUGAUGUCAUCAAGCUUCAGGAAAUCCCCACUUUUCAGCCAUUGUUGAAAGGUAAGGUCAACGGCCUCUAACCUGGAUCUAGACCUCUUCUCUGCCUCUACAGUAUUAUAGCGAUUCGGAGGAGAAAGCAGACACAAGUUUGUGCUUCUCAACGCCAGGGUGAAUACAGUACAUAAUAGUCCAGGAAAAUCAUAAUGUGCCAUAUGACAAUGUGUAAAAUUAUGAAUAGGCCAAGACAUUCCAUUAUGACCAUGAAGUCUACAGAAAGACUGAUAAUGUCCAGUGUUUUGAGGGUCAGUCUGUCCAUGUCUCUAGGUGUGCUGAGUGGCCAGACAUCCCCCAGCAGUGUGUGUCUGGAGCGGCUGGACUCUGCCCAGGUGCUGCAGCUCUGCAUCCGCUACCAGGACCACCUACACCAGUGUUCUGAGGCCGUGGCCUUCGACCAGAACGCCCUGGUCAAGAGGAUCAAAGAGGUAACUAAUGGCGUUAUUAACUGUCUGCAUCCCUAUAGAUAGACGAAAGUGGCCUCCUCGUCUCCUUUCCUUCAUCUGCACUGAACUCACAGAUGAAGGAAAGGAGGAGAGGAAGCCACUUUAGGCUAUUGAGAUACAGUUGAAGUCGGAAGUUUACAUACACCUUAGCCAAAUACAUUUAAACUCAGUUUUUCACAAUUCCUGACAUUUAAUCCUAGUAAAAAUUCCCUGUUUUAGGUCAGUUAGGAUCACAACUUUAUUUUAAGAAUGUGAAAUGUCAGAAUAAUAGUAGAGAGAAUGAUUUAUGUCAUCUUUUAUUUAUUUCAUCACAUACCCAGUGGGUCAGAAGUUUACAUACACUCAAUUAGUAUUUGUAAAUUGUGUAACUUGGGUCAAGUUUCCCACAAUAAGUUGGGUGAAUUUUGGCCCAUUCCUCCUGACAGAGCUGGUGUAACUGAGUCAGGUUUGUAGGCCUCCUUGCUCGCACAUGCUUUUUCAGUCCUGCCCACACAUUUUCUAUAGGAUUAAAAUCAGGGCUUUGUGAUGGCCACUCCAAUACCUUGACUUUGUUGUCCUUAAGCCAUUUUGCCACAACUUUGGAAGUAUGCUUGGGGUCAUUGUCCAUUUGGAAGACCCAUUUGCGACCAAGCUUUAACUUCCUGACUGAUGUCUUGAGAUGUUGCUUCAAUAUAUCCACAUAAUUCUCCUUCCUCAUGAUGCUAUCUAUUUUGUGAAGUGCACCAGUCCCUCCUGCAGCAAAGCACCCCGACACCAUGAUGCUGUCACCCCCGUGCUUCACGGUUGGGAUGGUGUUCUUCGGCUUGCAAGCACCCCCUUUUUCCUCCAAACAUAACGAUGGUCAUUAUGGCCAAACAGUUCUAUUUUUGUUUCCUUCGGCUUGCAAGCACCCCCUUUUUCCUCCAAACAUAACGAUGGUCAUUAUGGCCAAACAGUUCUAUUUUUGUUUCAUCAGACCAGAGGACAUUUCUCCAAAAAGUACGAUAUUUGUCCCCAUGUGCAGUUGCAAACCAUAGUCUGGCUUAUUUAUGGUGGUUUUGGAGCAGUGGCUUCUUCCUUGCUGAGCGGGCGUUUGGAAAUUGCUCCCAAGGAUGAACCAGACUUGUGGAGGUCUACCAUUUUUUUUCUGAGGUCUUGGCUGAUUUAUUUUGAUUUUCCCAUGAUGUCAAGCAAAGAGGCACUGAGUUUGAAGGUAGGUCUUGAAAUACAUCCACAGGUACACCUCCAAUUGACUCAAAUUAUGUCAAUUAGCCUAUCAGAGGCUUCUAAAGCCAUGCUGUUUAAAGGCACAGUCAACUUAGUGUAUGUAAACUUCUGACCCACUGCAAUUGUGAUACAGUGAAUUAUAAGUGAAAUAAUCUGUCUGUAAACAAUUGUUGGAAAAAUUACUUGUCAUGCACAAAGUAGAUGUCCUAACCGACUUGCCAAAACGAUAGUUUGUUAACAAGAAAUGUGUGGAGUGGUUGAAAAACAAGUUUUAAUGACUCCAACCUAAGUGUAUGUAAACUUCCGACUUCAACUGUACAUGCCAUAUCACCAGAACGCCUGUGUCACUUGUGUGCUCUAUGUGUGCCACAGCCAGAAAGGCAUAUUCAAUCAUUCAGAAAGGCAUAUUCUUUCCUCACUCUUCCUCCCAGAUGGACCUAUCGGUGGAGACUUUGUUCAGCAUCAUGCAGGAGCGUCAGAAGCGCUACGCCAAGUACGCUGAGCAGAUCCAGAAGGUGAACGAGAUGUCCAUGAUCCUGCGGCGUAUCCAGAUGGGCAUCGACCAGACCACCCCUCUGAUGGAGAGGCUCAACAACCUGCUGCCGGAGAGCGAACGCCUGGAGCCCUUCAGCAUGAGGCCGGAGGGGGACGCUGCAGCCAUGUAGUAGUAGUAGCAUUGCCUGGGUACGCUGAUACACUCACUGUCAUGGACCUCUAAUCUAGCCACCCAUGCCUCUGCCCAUCACCACACCAGAGAGACUUUUAAAAGCUCUUUAUUGAACCAUUCGUGUUGAACAGAAGAGACAGAGAGAGAGAUGAAAAGAGAGGGAGGGAGCAAAAGAAAGAGAGAACGCUGCCCCACCGGCUCCUCAAGCCAUCCUGAGCCCUUCACGUCCACAACUCACCAUCCCACCAGGCCUAGACUUUUAGCUCUUCACCAUAAGCCGUACUCACUUCCCACCCCAUCCAGCAGAAGCAGUGGGGUACAGGGACAGCUGCACCCCACACUGGGGUUUACAUGUCAGUGAGUGUCAACCACCUUCGGUCAAGGAAUAGGAAGACGGCAAAACAAGAGUUUACAUGAUGUUGCACUGAAGGGAACCUUCUUGGAUUACUGGUAGUUUGAAGACACCACAAGGAGUGUGGCGACAAAAUGACUUCCAAAAAUGACUUAAUCUCCAGAAGUGAUAUGGGUCAUAGAUGAGCUCAGAAGACUCCCAUAAAAGAAGUUAACUGUUGGACCUUGAACUGUCUGUAUUUUUGUUUGGGGGGGGGGAAAUGUUAUUGUCCAAAAUUAUUUUGCUUAUUUUUCAGCUCUGUCAACUGACCUAUAUAUUCUGUGUUGCACAGUGCAGUAUGUGAGAAACCUAGUAGUCUCUAGGCCUACACAUAGCUACAGCUUUGUGGAAGAUCAUUUAUGGAUAUCAAUUCAAACCAUCAAUAGUAAUCUUCGUGAAUUCUGUGAAAGUUAUGAGUGUUAGAUGCUUGAAUAUGUUGGUUUCUCUGUGAGUAUUUCAAAUGGCUUACAUAACAACGAAGACGUUUAUUUUGGAAAGAAAUAAACAAAUUAGGAAUUUGAAUCGUUUGAAUUUCUUGCAAAAUGUAUAAAGGUGCUUUUACUAUUCUGUUUACUAAAGAAUCAGAUACUGACCCUCUCAAUUGGAUAUGAUGAUUGGUUAUAGGAUAUUGCCAUUUGGCGUUAUAACAUAGU